CUAUCGUUGAAAUUGUUUAAGUAAGUAUUACUAACAAAACUUCAAAAAAAGUUAAAACUGUACACUUUCAGUAUGUUUUUCUUAUAGAAUAUUUUUUAUCCGCAUCUAGACCUUCGAUUCAUUAUACCUCAAGUCCAUAAAUAAAAAUGAAAGUUUCCUGCAUUUUAUUAUCAUUUAUCUGCGUAAAUGUUUUGGCAGAUGUCAGUAUAACAGAAUAUAUACAUAUGGUUGAACUUUCAAACAUGCAUAUCAAGGAAGCUUGUGACUAUAACGAUGGUUCUAUAGGAAAUGGAUUGGAGCGUGUAAUUAUAUACGCUUUAGAUACAAAUUUCUGUCCAACGAAGUCUUUUCAUCAAAUGUUCACUGUACCGGAACUUUCACGAACUAACUACUUUGAUUAUCUACAAGCAUCCAUAAUGACAGAAACACAUUCUCUGCAACGGAAAAUAUUUGAGACAUUAGGUAUUCCUAUGCCGGUUAUUCCAAACGAAAGUAAUGAUAUUUUAAGAAUAACUACACGUGAAAAGGAGAGAAGUUUUCUUACUGGAAAAGCUUUACAUAAUUUACUUAAGCAAAUAUUUUAUAUUCCUGCAUUUGAUAAUAAAUACCAAAGUAUUUCUGCACAUGAUGAUAAAUUUGAAAGAGUUUACAACACUUCUCGUAGAGCAAUUUUAAAAUUGACCGAACUUGGAAAGGCGAGAAGACUUCUUACUGGAAAAGCUAUAAGAAAUGUACUAACUCAAAAAUUAGGUGAAUAUAAAUCUGGACUGAUUUCAUAUGACAAGAUGUAUUCAGUUCAUAGAAAUUGUACUUUGAUAGCAAUGUGGUUUACUUUAAAAACAGCUUCAUUAACGGCUGAUAGUGUACGUCAUGUGCAGGAUAUUGAUAUUUGUAUAGUAUAUGAUAAGGACUGGAAUGCUGUAAAAUACAGACCAUUUAAGAGCAUAUAUUGGCAAGUAAAUGUCAAUAAAAUGGAUACUAAAAUAGAAGAAUUAAAUGUACAGCUACUCGACGAUUCCAGUAUCCCAAAAUUUGAGAAACAAGCAACAUGUAUAACUUUUUAG